UUACCAAGAACUUUCUACAUAUUUUUUGACCCAUAUCAACAAAUCUUCACCUUUGCUUAGCCAAGUCAAAUUCUGUCAAUUAACCCAUUAAGUAAUCCAUUUAUUUUUCUUAAAUUUAAAAUCCUUCUUUUUAGGAGUAGUAUAUUUAUUCACCUCAUUGAUUCCCCAUUCGACUGUUUCCAAGCAAAGCAAAGAGCAAAUCCUUUUUCUUUUUGGAAAAACAAAUGCAAGACUCUUCCAGACCUGUAACUGGUCACCCAGUUCAGAACGUUAAUGGCUACGCUCCUCCACCACCCGCCACUUCGGCCACCGCCUACCCUUACGCUAGCUCCAACCCAUAUCCUUACUACCCAGCACCGGUUCCUCAAAAUCCCCGUCCCACCUUCUUUCGCCGCCUAUUUGUCGCCUUUGCCAUCUUCUUUAUCAUCUUCGGUACCAUCCUCCUCAUCUUGUGGCUCGUCCUCCGCCCCCGCCUCCCCGAUUUCUCCUUACAAUCCCUCUCUCUCUCCAAUUUCAAUGCCUCCAACCAGCGCGUGAGCGCCGCCUGGAACGCCCAAUUCCAGGUCUCGAAUCCCAACAAGAAACUGUCCAUCUCAUACGGAGACAUUGUUUCGUCGGUUUACCACGAUGAUUAUUUUUUGACUGAGACGAGGAUUGGGCCGUUCGUGCAGGGCACGCGCGACGUGAGCACGGUGGAGGCGAGUUACUCGGUGGUGGAUUCUUUCGUGGAUGGGAAGGUGGUGGAUGCUAUGAAUGGGGAGAGGACUCGUGGCGGGAUCAAGUUCAACGUCAGGGUGGUGGCGGACGUGGCGUUUCGGUAUGGUGGGUGGAGAGGAAGGCGGAGGUUUCUUAGGGUUUGGUGUAAUGACGUGGCGCUUACUGGCUUGUCGGGGAAGAUGACUGGAGGGCCCAAAAAAUGCAGCGUUGGUUGAUUUACAGAGAAGAUGGCUAAGAGAAGGCUCACUAUUGUAAACCUUAUUGCACAGGCUUUUCCUUCAUGCUCAAUGGUUAAAGGGGACGAGAAGAAAAGAAAAGAAGAACAAAUAGUUACAAAAUGAAACCUCCAUAAUUUUAUUUCAUGUGUUAAUAUGAAUGAAAAUAUAUUUUUAGAGAAAUUAUCAAUACAUUAACAGUAAAAUUUUCUAAUUUCAUAAGUAAGAUUAAGAUGAUAACACAUGUCCUUAGUGUGUACUUAAAAAAUAAAAAAAUUAAUUUAAAAAAGUGAGACAUGUGUCAUCAUUUUAAUUUAUAGGGUUUUCUAGGUGUUCUAUGUCUAUUUUCCUUAUCAUUAUUAUUUGUUUACCAACUGGUGUUCUAUUGUAAAAUGUUAAAAAAAUUCGAAUGAGCUGGACGAUUGACCCAAUAAACAUACGAGAGACUAGAGACCACUUUUCAAUUGCAAAAGCCCUUUGCUUCACUAAGGUAGAUGAGGUUGGGCUUAUUGUGAAGUUCUUUACUCGAAACUGUAUAAUUUUAAAUCCAUAAUUUGGCAACAAUUAUUAUUCUUUCAUGUUGGCUGUACUCACCAAACAGGUUUAAUGAAAAAGUGGCAAAGGAGGUUGAUGAAAAAUGCUUUGUGGUUUAAUUGUAAUAGAAAAGCUUAUUCGACGCCAAGGCUAAAAUCGAAUCUUUUCGUGGUCGUUUUCACUUU